UUGUUUUUGUUUAUAGAACUAAGUGUGAUUUGCACGAGUGUUAAGAGACCAAACCCGCUGAUCCAGGUUGUGUUUGUCAUUAUGUCCCUUAAACUGUACUACAUUGCUGCUUCGAGUUUCGUGAUUUCAGUUUUUGUCUCUGUUGAAUGCUCAUUCCUCUUAACAAAAACCUGACUUUCGGGUUGAUCAAAGCACUAGAUUUCGAUUUUGGGUUACUGUAAUCCUUUCUUGUCUAUGUGCGUUUGUGGGUCUCUCUUAAGUCCUAUAUAAGGGUUCUGUUUCAUUGGAGAUUUCAAACCAGUUUUUCUGUAAGAGGGAUUUGUAGAAACAUGGAUGGGAUUGGGGGUUUAUGUAAUUCAAGAUGGAGGAGUAGUGGGUGUUCAUAUGGGUUAGAAGAUUUAGAGGAAGAGAAAGAGGAGAAGUUGGUGGCAUCCCUGUCUUCAAUUCCUCAACCACAAACACCAAAGGAGCCGAUGGAAUUCUUAGCUAGAUCUUGGAGUUUAUCUGCAUCAGAGAUUUCAAAAGCUCUUGCUCAAAAACAACAGAAACAAUGUUUCCUGGACAAGAAUCUCAGUUCCGUCUCUGCAGAACCAGUCGUUGCAUCAAAGAUUUCAUCGAAGGUUAUAAAUUCGAUUAAUUCAAGGAGAACUGGGUCGAUAGGAAAAUGGUUUCACCACCAUAAGGAGUUGAGUAGUAGCACAAUGAGGAAGAAAGACAGAGCGAGAGUAGAAAAUGCACGAUUACAUUCUGCAGUGUCGAUUGCAGGAUUAGCAGCUGCCUUGGCUGCUGUGGCUGCAGCAGGAAACUCUGGUGGUUCGGGAUCGAAAAUGAGCGUGGCAUUGGCCUCAGCUACAGAGCUUUUGGCAUCACAUUGCAUAGAAUUAGCUGAAUCCACCGGAGCUGAUCAUGAUCGUGUAGCAUCUGUUGUGAGAUCAGCUGUGGAUAUUCAUGGUCCGGGCGAUUUAAUGACCCUUACAGCUGCAGCUGCAACAGCUUUGCGAGGGGAAGCAGCCAUGAAAGCUAGAUUGCCUAAGGAAGCAAGGAAGAAUGCAGCCAUAAGUCCCUAUGAUAAGGGAAUGCCAGAAACUCAACAGGUCACAGCUUUUCAUGGCUAUUCACAGGAACAAAGCUCUCCCUUCGUCGGGGAUCUAUUGCAACACACACGGAAAGGUGUUCUACGGUGGAAGCACGUCUCCGUCUAUGUCAACAAGAAAUCUCAGGUUAUAGUGAAGCUUAAAAGCAAACAUGUUGGAGGAGCCUUCUCCAAGAAAAAUAAAUGUGUUGUUUAUGGAGUUUGCGAUGAGACCGGAGCGUGGCCAUAUAAAAGGGAGAGGGAAAACACUGAAGAAGUUUAUUUCGGACUCAAAACCGCGCAAGGUCUUUUGGAGUUCAAGUGCAAGAGCAACAUUCAUAAGCAAAGAUGGGUUGAUGGGAUUCAGAAUCUUCUCAAUCGAGUCAGUUGCAGUAAUUCCAUGGAGGAGACUAUGGAAUUCCUAAGUACUAGCAAUACAAUAUAAUUUUGCACAGAAGUACAAGAAUAGGACAGAACUUGCACAUCUGUUAAACGUGUGAACUGGCUAUUCUUUACAUACUCAUACAUACGAGCUCAAGAUUCCUAUGUGAUAUGUAACCAAAGCUUGUGAAAUAAAGAUGCAGCAGUGUUCAUAUGUAA